UAAAAUACUUCCGAGUGCAAAAGUAUGGCUGCUCAAACCGGGUUGUCACCACAGGCUCAUGUGAGGCGCAGCGAUGUCCCCGUUUUCCCCCCUGUGGCUCUGUCCGCGGAGGCCGCCCCGUUCACGCCGCUCCGUACGGACGGCUGGCAGCUCGGCUCGCUGUCGGACGCCGAGAAACAGUUUUCCCGCUGCGCCGCGAGGCUCAGAGCCCUGCGAGCAGACUCGGACCAGCUCAGAGAGGAGCUCAACCUGCUGUUCGACCAGCUCCUGUCCGAAAACUACAACAAAACCUUCGAGCCCAGUAUCAACAUCCGACCAGAGGACGUGUGCAGUUUGUUGAAACACGUCAGUUGUCUUGUGCCACUGAGUCAAGAACAUCUAGUCAUCAAACUCUGCCAGCUGGUGCAUCAUCUGCUCAAUCAGCUAAAGGUGAUAAUGGAUGAGAAGACAUUGGAUGUGUUGGUGAACUAUACCGCCAGUGCGCUGAAAGUGUGCAGUACGUGGACACACUCGGAUAUCCUCCUGGCACUCUCCACAAUAGUGUAUGGGAAUGGACCUCAGUGCCACCAUCACCUCAGCAACUUGUUGGGUGAAGAUGGAGUCCUCCUGCUGUAUAGUUCCCCAUCUCAGGCAAAUUUGGAAUUACGCCGUGUUGCUCUUACAUGUAUGGCCAACAUCUGUCUCAGGAUCCCUGGUCAGCCACCUUUGGAUGAUCAAUACAGAAGUGUAUCUUUCAGCGUCUUCCUGAAAACACUGCAGUCACCCAGACCUCCCAACACCGAUGAGCUCUUCUACUGCAUGGUGAUCCAGGCAACACUGAAGGGACUCCAGUGUUGCCUCUCAGGUGGGAAGUGGAAGUUUGGUGGAGGAGAGGAGCUUGGGUCUGUACUGGCCUCACUUAAGAGACUCAUGUUCCAGGGAGUUCCUGGUGUGAGUGUCGAGUGGCCACCUGUGCUUUACCCAGCGCCUCUUCCUCACUACGAGGGUCUCUCUGCACUGAAACCCACGGAACCACCAAAACCCUCAGAAGCACCAAAGGAUGCCGCUGUGCCAGGCAAGACCUCAGGGAAUAAAAAGAGGAAACCCAGAGGAAAGGGGAAGAAGAUGAGCACAGAGGAGAGCAGAGGGGACGAUGGAGAGGAAGAUGAACGAGAGGCAGUGUCUGCACUUGAGAAAGGGGGGAGAGAGGGAGGCAGAGUCGAGGGGGAGUCCUGGUCUAAACCCUCUGCCCCUUCUCUCUACCCCUCCUGGAAAAGAACCAGCUCUGACUCUGAGUUUUCCGACCCAGAAGGCAAUGCACAGAGUAAAUUAAGGCUUUACCACGGUCGGGUGCGUCAGGCAGCACUGCACUGUCUUCUAGCGGUGAUGAAAGGUGUAGAGAAGAGGACUCUGUACGGGUACUGGUCCUCCUUUAUCCCUGACUCUCCGAUUGGGGGACCGCCGCCUCUAACUCUUCUCACAAUUAUACUGAAGGACCCCUCGCCAAAGGUGCGUGCUAGCGCGCUUCAGGUGUUGUCGGCCAUGCUGGAUGGCUCCCGUCAGUUCCUGGCCGUGGCUGAAGAUACGGCGUCUCCUCGUACAUCUUACACCCCUUUCUCCUUCUCGCUGGCCACUGCCGUCAGAGAACUGCACCGCUCUCUCAGUCUGGCUCUGCUGGCUGAGACCUCGCCUCAGACCCUCACACAGGUCAUAAAGUGUCUGGCCUACCUGGUGGCGAACGCUCCCUACCACCGUCUCAGACCUGGUCUGCUUGGCCCGCUCUGGAAGCAGCUGCGUCCCUAUGUGCGCCACAGAGACGUGAAUGUCCGAGUGUCAGUCUUGACACUUUAUGGGGCCCUGGUGACGACUCAGGCUCCUCUCCCCGAGGUGCAGCUCCUCCUCCGACAGCCGGAGGGCAGCAGCUCUGGCUCUUUCUCGCCGCAGGACUCUGCUCUCAGCUGGAGACAAAGAGACGGCGUGUCCUCGCCCUCUCGUGCACCAUUCACACCCUCCCAGCAGAGCUCGCGCACACACUCCCCCCGCGUUCCCCGCACGCCGGUGGAGGAGGACAGCGCCCCGCCAUGGCUGCUGCAGCUGUGUGUGUUGCUGGUGACUCAGCCCAGAGAGGACCAAUCAGACGGCGAGGGAGCGGGGACAGGAGAAGGCGCCGCUUUAGAGCCCUCCCCUGUCCGACUAGAAGCUCUACAGGUCAUGUCCCACCUGGUGCGUGGGUAUUUCUCUCUAGCCCAAGCAUGUCUGUGUGAGAUCGGGCACGUGAGCGCUCGCUGCCUCGGGGAGACAGACCCCUCCAUACAACUGCACGGAGCAAAGUUACUAGAGGAGUUGGGGACAGGAAUAAUCCAGCAGUACAGAGCAGAGAACAACGUGCCAGAGAGCUCACGAGUCCCUAUGAGUCAAGUGGUGCUGUUUUGGUCAGAAGUCUUGAGUGGUCCGCUGAACGGAGCACUGCAGAACGAACAGCAUCCCACGCUGCAGACGAGCGCCUGCGACACGCUCUCCACCAUCCUGCCACAGGCCUUCGCACAGCUGCCCGACAAGACCCAGCUGAUGUGCAUCACCAUGCUGCUGGGGCUUACCUACAGUGAAAACUAUCUGGUGAAGACUGCAGCUGUCAGGGCGUUGGGAGUCUACAUACUGUUCCCCUGUCUGAGAGAGGAUGUGAUGUUCGUGGCAGACACAGCAAACACUAUCCUUGCUGCCCUAGAUGAUCGCUCUCCAAAUGUCCGUGCCAAGGCUGCCUGGUCCCUAGGCAACCUCACAGACACGCUUAUAGUUAACAU